AUGUCCUCGCAUCCACCACCGACCGAUCACUUUGAAAUGAGUGUGAAUAACCUGCUCGUACCGCCAGAGAUUCAGGAGGUUUUCAAACGGGAUACUUCCAACAAUGACUUUGUGCCUGUAUCAGCAAGUGAUGCUGGUAUUCACGAUACUGUCGCCGAGUCGAAGCCAGACGACUUUGAAGAAAAGCUCCAAGUCCAGAAGCAAGAUCCAAGUGAACGUCAUCACCUUCAGUUACUCCCAAGCACGCUUGUUUUGCCGACAGUGGCAGACAAGAUUGAGGAACUUGAACCAAAAACGCCAGGUAUAUCACCGAUCGAUCUUGGCAAUCGUACUGCUAAAGUUGUGCACGAGAUAUGUGCUACUGAGCGCGAAGGUCUUCGCCACAAAACCAAAGUGCUAACAGCCUCACUGCAGCGGAUCAAGCGUGCCGACAUGGACAUUAAUCAUCAACAACGCCAGCUCCAAGAAUCCCGAUCGGAACUCUGUCGCUUGCUUCAGAUCGAAGCUCAACUCAAGGAAUACGAGACACGCUCCGUGGAAUCACUCGAGGUUGAGUUUCAGAUGCUUCAGCAAGAGGUCGCGAAGCUCUCGUAUUGUGUUGAGGUUGCGCUUCAGGAAGAAAUCGAUUGGGUAGCGUAG